AUGAGCUUUCUCUCCUCCAAGUCAGCCCCGGGACUGCAAGGCGCCAACGAUAUCCCAGCACCCAUGUCCGACGCCGACCGCAACGCAGCUCCGGCUGACACACACAAGCGUAUCGUCGACUUUGUCAAGGAAGCUCCAGCUGCCAGGUAUGCCACACAUCCACUGGCUCGCGCUCACAGCAGGUACACGUUUGACUCGCACGCGACCCCCGAUGGUCCUCAGGCCCAUGUUGCCGAGCUGUGCAGGUUGCGGCCUGAUGGAGGUAUGAGCUGUAUCAAGGUGGGUGGAUCCGUGAUAGCUCAGCGUGAGGUCAGGUAUCAAGCGCACAUGCUUUGUCACAUGUGUGGCCGACCUGAGCUCCACACGGACUGGACUGACGAACGACAGAUGGCGGCGCAGGGAACAGAGCUGUUCAAGAGCAUGCAGUCGCUCGGUGAGUCGGAGAGGCGAGAGGCGACCAUGCCGGAAUUCCUGUACUGA